ACACACACACACACACCAGUCGGUGCUCUUCUUUUACUCCCACCCACGUUCUUUAUUAUUUUAAUCUUUCUGUUCUUCAUCGUGUGGAAGAUUCAAUCUUUCCAUGACCCCAUCACCAAUUUUUUGAUUCUUAAUCUCUCUUCCCAAAUCUGCAUCUCUGAAACCCCUUUUAAAAAAAAUUGGGUUUUGCAGAGUUACGUACCAAUAUGGGUCAAGAAGGUUUCACAGCUCAAAAGAGAGGAUCUUCUACGCUACCCACCUCCACCGCCCCCAAUGGUGGCUCCCGCAGCGGCCGUUCUCUCCUCCGCGGUGGUGGCGGCGGCAACCGCCAGAUCCAUAAAACCCUUAACAACAUCAAGAUCACAAUCCUCUGCGGGUUAGUUACAAUUCUUGUUCUUCGUGGUACCAUCGGCUUCGGCUCCCUUGUUUCUGAUAAUGACCUAGAGAACCAAGCCAUUAUUGAAGAGACUAAUCGGAUCCUAGCCGAGAUCCGAUCCGACAAGGAUCCGGAUGAUCCAGAAGAUAAUCAAGAUCAGUCUGUAAUCAAUCUCAAUGACACUUACUCUCUCGGUGCAAAGAUCUCCAACUGGGACGAAGAACGAAGUCUCUGGCUCAGUCGGAAUCAAGAUUUCCCCAAUAUGGUGAAUGGUAAAGCUCGAAUCUUGCUUGUUACAGGGUCCCCGCCAAACCCUUGUGACAAUGCUAUUGGUGAUCAUUAUUUGUUGAAAUCAAUCAAGAACAAGAUUGACUAUUGUAGGAUUCAUGGGAUUGAAAUUGUGUAUAAUAUGGCUCAUUUGGAUAAAGAGCUUGCUGGGUAUUGGGCGAAAUUGCCAUUGAUUCGCAGGUUGAUGCUAUCUCAUCCAGAAGUCGAGUGGAUUUGGUGGAUGGAUAGUGAUGCAUUGUUUACCGAUAUGGUUUUUGAAAUUCCAUUAUCCAAAUACAAAGAUCAUAACAUGGUUAUUCAUGGGUACCCAGAUUUAUUGUUCAAUCAGAAAUCUUGGAUUGCUCUCAACACUGGUAGCUUUUUGUUUAGAAACUGCCAAUGGUCAUUGGAUUUGCUCGAUGAAUGGGCACCAAUGGGGCCAAAAGGGCCGGUUCGUGAGGAGGCCGGCAAGAUUUUGACAGCCAAUUUGAAAGGGAGGCCGGCUUUUGAGGCCGAUGAUCAGUCUGCUUUGAUAUACUUGUUGAUCACAAAGACUGAAUGGAUGAAGAAGGUUUUCGUUGAGAAUUCCUAUUUCCUUCAUGGGUAUUGGGAUGGAUUGGUUGAUCGAUACGAAGAAAUGAUGGAGAAAUACCAUCCUGGAUUGGGUGAUGAAAGAUGGCCUUUUGUGACUCAUUUUGUUGGUUGCAAACCUUGUGGGAGCUAUGGGGACUAUCCGGUGCAGAGGUGUUUGAGUAGCAUGGAAAGAGCCUUCAAUUUUGCAGACAAUCAAGUGCUAAAGUUAUAUGGGUUCAGACACAGGGGACUUUUAAGCCCUAAAAUCAAAAGGAUCAGAAAUGAAACUGUUACUCCAUUGGAGAAUGUAGAUCAGUUUGAUAUCCGGCAUUCGACUCAAGGGAGUAGCAACUGAAACCAUCAUCAUUAAUUCUCAACAGGAUCUCAAGAAGUGUAUGGUUCUUGAACAAAUGCUGCUGCAGGUUAUCAGUUUAGUGGAGAUCAAAUCAUGAUCAAGUGAAAGAAAUGUUGAUCUAUGAUUGGGUUGACCCAAUUAAAGAGAUCAUAAUGGCAAGAUCUAGAUCAGACCCGUUUAUUAUUUAUGUCUUAAUCUUCGUACUUGAAAGAUGUUAUCGAAAAAUUCAAAUGCUUGAUCAUUGUAUCGGUUCCCAAAUGG